GCUCGCCUGCGCCGUCAAUAAACGAGAGCGGGCGGUGAGAUUGACCGACGGUGAGAAGUGGGCGGGAGAAUCAUCCAAGAUGGCGGCAUCACUCAGCUGCAUGUGUAGCCGGUCGGGGCUGAACCUCUGCGGGAAAAUUCUGCGCAAUCGGCCCGGAGCCGCCCGCAAAAGACUAACGCUGCGAAGUUAUGAGGUAAAGUCCAAUCCGUCGCCGGCGUGCCGGGCGCUGUCGACGGAGAAAGGCGGCCCCGCGACCGGCGGUCUGGCUCAGGCCAUCCUGCAGGAGAAGCUGCAGCAGCAGCAGCGGGAACGGGCCAAGGAGGAGGCGGGCAGCGGCGAGCAUGGGAGCGGCGAUGCCGGCACCGAGCAGGAGCAGAAACAGAAGCAGAAUACGGCUUAUGCCAAGAAGAUGGUGUUGAGGUUAAUGGGGCUGCUGGGCGCGGGCAGCACCCUCGGGGUGGUCUACGUCUUCGGUAAUAAUUCAACGGAUGAAACUGGAAAUAAGAUUCCAGAUGAAUUUGAUAAUGAUCCCCCAGUGGUACAGCAGUUACGAAGAACAUAUCGCUACUUCAAAGAUUACAGACAGAUGAUAAUUGAGCCCACCAGUCAGAAGCUGCUGCCAGACCCCCUUAAAGAACCAUAUUACCAGCCACCGUAUACUGUUGUGUUGGAACUAACAGAUGUGUUACUGCACCCAGAAUGGUCGUUAGUCACAGGUUGGCGGUUUAAGAAGAGGCCAGGAAUAGACUACCUUUUCCAGCAAUUGGCACCAUUGUAUGAAAUUGUUAUCUUCACCACAGAGACAGGAAUGACUGCAUAUCCACUUAUUGACAGUGUGGAUCCACAUGGGUUCAUCAUGUACCGUUUGUUCAGGGACGCAACGCGAUAUAUGGAAGGUCACCAUGUAAAGGAUGUGUCUUGCCUGAACAGGGACCCUUCCAAAGUUAUUAUUGUAGAUUGUAAAAAAGAAGCUUUCCGUCUCCAACCCUUCAACGGCAUCGCACUAAGGAAAUGGGAUGGGAAUUCUGAUGACCGAACCCUAUAUGAACUUGCAACAUUCCUGAAAACAAUUGCAGUGAGUGGAGUUGAAGAUGUCAGAUCCGUGCUGGAGAACUAUGCUCUUGAAGAUGAUCCAAUUGAAGCGUUUAGAAAAAGGCAAGAACUACUAGCACAGGAAGAAAAACAGCGGAUAAGUGAUCUAUCGCAGCAGAAAUCUUCUACCCUCUCCCUCGGAUCCUUGACGAGCAAACUAUGGAAUCGGUCCAAGCCACAGUAACAUCAGCCGAAUAAAUAUCCAGGCCUACUCUCCUGCUGUGUUCCAGAGUUACCCAGAGAAGCCUGGCACACGGCUCCAAGGUGGAGUGAGCAAUGGCCUCUUCACCCUGGGUUGUGCUAGAGUGAAAGCUACCAAGAGAUGAGGUCCAGUUAAUUUCAUACUACCCAAUGCCUUUAGUUGGCAAGGUUAGAUGUGAAAGAUAGCACAGAGAUGGAACACUGAUAAUUAUCUCCCAUUACAUGCCUUGAUAUUGGCCACCAUUUUGGAUGUACCACCACAAUCUGAAUGCAACAGAAAAGUCAGAUUGAAUCUCCUAUCAUUACUUUGUUUUGCAUUUUAAGUGAAGGAUUAAUCUUUUUCUUUCCCAGUUUCAUAUUUUUUACAUGCCAACUGUUAAAUCGUGGUAACGUUACUCUGGGAUUGUGAAGAGGGAAAAUCCAAUUGUCUUAUCAUUGUGACUGUAUUCUACCAAGUAUUAAAUCUACACACAGGUUUUUAGUCAGUGCCUACAAGAUGGCAUCCACCAAAGUGUAGCUUUCUUUUUGAUAUUUGUACAAUCAAUACAGGUUGAUGUGUCCCGAGAUUCUGUGAAUGAUGUGCAUAUGAAACAGAGUGUGUUCAGUGAAAUGUUUAAUAAAAUGAUGACGGCAAAAAUGGGAAUUUAAAUUCCACAUGAAUUUGAUUGUAGUUAAAACAAUGGCGUGUCUGAAUGGAACCUGUCCCAUAUUCAUGUGGCUUCGGGCAGCCCUAAUUUUACUGCAUUGAACAAAUUUAUUGCACACACUGCCUAUGUUUGUACUGAAUAAUGCUUAGCAUAUGCUAAGCAGAGCAAGUGAAAUUUACUUGAAGAACUUUCUACAUUUCUAUCGUCUAUACCUUUAAAGGAAUGUUCCUAAUUUCAUGGAUCCCUUCUAAACUGGUUUGAUUUGCCACGUAAUUCCUUUCUUUCCGCUGUUCAGGAAUCAGAAUAUCGCAUACCUAUGAUCGUCAGUGAGGAAAGCAAGAACAUGGCUACUUAAAUACCUGAAGGGAUUGCCAAUAGAGUCAAAGAGUGUUAACAGCUCGGAAAAAAAGGCCAUUCAGCCCUUCCAGUCCACCUAACCAUCAAGCCUACAUUUAUUGAUACGUACAUUGGAUAAAAAGUGAUUGAUUGAAGAAACGAGCCAAAGAAGUACAGAGAAGGAAGCAACAUUAGCCUUGCUAUUUUCGAGUUUUGAAUAUUUCCUAUGAGAUAGUUCAGAACUGAAAAGGGUGGUGGGGGUGGGUUAAAAAUUAGACCCAUCAAGUUUAGGAGUAAUAUUUGGAACUUAAAAGAGUUGGGGUGAAUUGAGGCUGUAUCAAAUGAUACCAGUCAAUAAGUGUCUAAAUGGGUUGAGAUAUAAACCAGCUUCAAUCUAACUGAGAGACUGCACUGAUUACAAUUUGCUGUGUUUGAUUUAAAACUCAAGCCUUUGUAGCAAAAGUGACAGGCAGAUGCUUCCUUUCAGCUUUGGCCUGAGAUUUCAGCAUUGCAGAAGCUAAUCUUCAGCCAAUUCAGUUCACUCCAUGUGAUCAGUCAAAGAGGUUUACUUAGAGCAUUGAAUACUUCAAAAGUCGCGGAACCAGACAACAUACUACCACAUUGCCGAAGACCUGAACUUUCUAAGCUGUAUCUCUAUCCAAAUAUUCAGUGCAGUCUCACUGUUGGUAUCAACCUGCAAACUUGGCGUGUUUCCAAGAAGCAGGACAAAUCCAAUCCAGUGAAUUAUCACCCAAUUCUUCUCUUGUGAUAAAAGGUUUCGAUGAUUUGAAGUGGCAUCGGGUAAGACGGGAGUCCCUGUCAUCAAGGCAACAGUUGACAACGUGUGUCAUUCAUGGGGAAACUAAAUUAGUUGUUGGAGUCUUGUCUGGCAGAAUGGAGAUGGUUGCGGUUCUUCUUCUUGCGUAUGGCGUGCACAGCCUAAAGUUGUAGGACAACUUGUUCUAUUUGAUUGUGCACGCCGGGUUGAUUGCAUUCGUCGAAACAGGGCGGACGACGUGCAGGUUGCAAUCUCCCACCCCAAUGGUUGUGGCUGUUGAAACUCAAUUGCCCCAACCCCAGGGCACAACUGCAAUAACCUAGGAACAACCAAACUUCAACUUCAUCAUCAAAUUUCUUUAAAAGAUCAGUAGGAAAUGUUCCCAAUGAACAAGAGUGCACAAUAUUCCAUUCCAUUCACAACUGCACAGCCAAUGAACUUUCCUAAUUACAACAGGAGGAGGAUAUUCGGCACAUUGGAUGCAAGGUGAAAAAUCUCACUAAUACUCUUAUUUCAGAAAACUUGUCAGAACUGGGAAAGAGCAUUUUCUGUUUUAUUCCAAAUUUCCAUCAUCUGUAACUUUUUUUGUAGUUUUGCAUCUUAUUUCUUUGAAGCCAUGCAGUAAUUCUCUCUCACCUACCCAUCGACCAUUCUUUGUUUCCUAUGCCACUUGACUAUGCUAAGGAGUACUUUCCAAUGGUCAAUUAACCAUCUGCCUUGUCUUUGGGAUGUGUGCGGAAACGAGAGUGCCCAUCAGAAAUGCAUGUGGUCACGGGGAGAACAUGCAAACUCCACACAGAGAUCAUAAUUGGACAUUGAUUCUCACAACAGUGAGACGGCAACGCUAACACUGCAGUCCGUUUGUGUAUGUGGUUUGACUAAGGAACAUUUGUACCACAAAAGUGCCAGGCAAUGACCAUCUCAAUAAAAGAACGUCUGAUCAUCUAA